AUGCAACCUAGCCGGACUGCGCCUGCCCUCGGCGUCGCGGCGGAAAGCUGCAUCCCAGCUGGCCUGCGCCUGGGCCCGGUGUCCGGCACCUUCAAACUGGGCAAGUACCUGUCCGAUCGCAGGGAGCCGGGACCCAAGAAAAAGGUCCAGAUGGUGAGAGGGGAACUGCUGGACGAAGCCGGGAGCUCUGCUGGGGAAUGGAUAGGGUUAAUUCGGGCUGCCAGACACGCACAAGAACAGACUUUGGAAGCUAUUGCAGACCUACCCGGCGGACAGAUUUUCUACCGGACGCUACGAGACAUGCAGCCGGGGGAGGAGCUGACCGUGUGGUAUUCGAACUCCUUGGCUCAGUGGUUCGACAUCCCGACGACGGCGACGCCAACACACGACGAAAAGGGCGAGGAGCGCUACAUCUGCUGGUACUGCUGGCGAACCUUCAAGUACCCCAACAGCCUCAAGGCCCACGUCCACUUCCACUGCGUGCUCAGCCACGGCCGCUGCUUCCUGGGGCCAGAGCACGUCCGCCCGACCGAGCUCUUCAGCGCCUCACCGAAGCCCGCAUCGGCGCCGGCCACUGCAAGGCCCAACUGCUCCGGCGGGGCCCGGGACGCCAUUAAGCGGGAAUCGCCCCCCUCGCCGCCCUUGGCCAAGGCGGGCGGAGGCGGGCGCCGGGCAGCCAAGGAGGAGCAGGAGCGCGCCCUGGAUAUGAGCCGCAGCGCCGGGCGCAGCCCAGGACACUUCUGGGGGCUGCUGGGCAGCGCCUCGGCGGGCGGCAACGGCCUGGCCUUCUACCCCGGGGCCCGCUCGGCCUUCAAGCCCGCCGGCUUGGCCAAAGCCGCCCCGUCGGACCCGGCUUUCCGCGAAGAGGGCAAAGGCGGCUGCUUUGGCAAGCUUCUGGGCGGUCUUAAGCCCGGCCGCGCCGGGAGCGAAGGCCCGCUGGGAGGAGCCGGCAGCCCCCAGCCCCCAGCGCCCAAAUGCGGGGGCCACGCAGCCGCAGCGCCCGCCGCCGCCGCCGCAGGACUGGCCUAUUCGAGCAGCGCCAGGGCCUUCCCGCUCCUCUCGCACUUGGAGGAGGCCUCGGCCUUCAAGCACGUGGAGCGCGGCCUGCACGCCAGCCUCUCGCCGCCCGCCAGCCGCUACCCUCCCCUGCCCGGCGGGGCCGGCCUGCCUCUGGAGCGCUUCGCCGCCCUGCCGCCCUUCGACGGCCUCAAGCCCUACGGCGCCGCCGGGGAAUGCAGCCUCCCGCCCUUCAUGCCUUUCACGCUCUACAACGGCGAGCUGCUCUACGGCGCCCCCUGCUACCCGCUCAAGCUCCACUUCGGCGGCCUCCUCAAGUACCCGGACUCGGUCUCCUAUUUCAGCGGGGCCGCCGCCGCCGCCGGCCUCAACGCGGCUGAGCUGGGCUCCCUGGCCAGCAUCGACCGCGAGAUCGCCAUGCACACGCAGCAGCUGUCGGAGUUGGCGGCCGAGAAGAGCCGCAGCCGCCUGGAGGGCCUGCAGCCAGCGCCGGCGGGCCCGGCCCACGGGAAGCCCAAGACGGGCCACCUGUGCCUCUACUGCGGCAAGCUGUACUCGCGCAAGUACGGCCUGAAGAUCCACAUGCGGACGCACACCGGCUACAAGCCGCUCAAGUGCAAAGUCUGCCUGCGGCCCUUCGGCGACCCCAGCAACCUCAACAAGCACAUCCGCCUGCACGCCGAGGGCAACACGCCCUACCGCUGCGAGUUCUGCGGCAAGGUGCUCGUCAGGCGCCGGGACCUGGAGAGGCAUGUCAAGUCCCGCCACCCCGGGCAGAGCUUGCCCAGGGGCGGCGGAGAGGACAGGGGCGAGCCCGGCCAGGACGCCGCCGCCGCUGCCGCCUACGAGCCGCAGGAGCCGAAGACGGACAACGAGAGCGACGUCGACGUCUGCUUCACGGACGAUCAGAGCGACCAGGACUCGGGCGGCGGCGGCAGGGGCAAGCCCUCGCAGUGA